UUCGAGAAGGACGAUGGCACGUAUCACACGCAGUCAGAGCUUAUCUUCAACGCGACACGUUUCGAGAAUGACAUGAUAUUUCGGUGUGACGCGGACAAUGUCGUGCUGCAGAUAAACCGAGAAAAACCAUUCACGUCAUCAUUGACACUGGAAGUUUUAUAUCCACCGGUAGUCAAAGUCAGUCCGCCGGAGAUUACAGUAAAUACCAGCGACACAGUGUUGCUCAACUGUGAAUAUGUCGCGAAUCCGGCAUCUCUGACGCAAGUUGUCUGGUAUCGCAACGGUGAUUUAGUCAAUGUCAACGACACAGAACGUUAUGAGGGGGGCAAUUCUGAGAACGUUGCACUGGUUAUACGCUCUACUGACAAGGAAGAUGUCGGCAACUACACCUGUCAACUAUCAAAUGCCAUUGGCAAGGGCAUCUCUGAGCAGCAAAUUGACCUGGAUGUGCAGUCUCCUGUGCAUUACGAACCCGGUCCCGCCACGCUCACUCACUUCCCCUUAAUUGCGGUGAAGAAGAAGAGUGUAACAUUUUCAUGCUCCGUGGACGACCCUGGAUAUCCUGAAUCUAAUAGGUCUGUAAAGUCGUACAAAAAUACCGCAUAUACAUCAUCAUAUAAUUCCAUUGCUCCUAAAACCAAUUUAUCUGAGAACUCAACCAAAUCAUAUACAUCACAUCCCACCACAACCGCUGCAUCCGCACCCCAAACGGGUGAUAAUUUCCUUAUUAAUUUCCAUACCGUACAAGCGUUGCAACCCUCUGAGGCUGAGGCAGCUUAUGAGGCGUUGAUACGACAAAAUUCACCAUUGCUUGAACAACACCAACAACAACAUAGCAACCAAACGAUACAAAAAGAAACCCAUGCACUAAUUGGCCUGAACAAUCAUACUCCUCUAUGUACAUUGCUUACACUCACCACAUUCUCACCAAAAUCACAAAUUCUAACACUGUACAAUGUGGCGAAAACCAACAUGGCUGACACCUCAUCACAAUCAUCAUUCGAUUCAUCAUCAACAUCACUUGACUUCAAUCCAUCAUUACAACAACACCACCAACUCUCAUUAUACCGAAAAAUGGGCGCAUUUACUCAUGGUGCCCAAAUGUUAAUGCAUCCACAUAGAUUCCGUUGGUUGCGCGGUGGACGUGGUCCGCUACAGGACAUUGUCACCAAGGACUGGACUGUUGAGCCGGUGGGUUUGGAUAGCCGCACAAAUUACUCAUGCUAUGCAUUCAAUGAAGGUGGUAAAGGUGUAAUGGCAACUAUCAAUCUGGAGGUGCAUGCACCUCCAUUCUUCAUCAAGAAUUUGGUGCCAUAUACGGGCAUGUUGCAUACAUCGCGCACAGCUAAUCUUACAUGCCGCAUCGAGUGUGUGCCGCGCUGUGAAAUUACCUGGUUAAAGGGCACGGAGCCCAUUGAUAAGAACGACACGCGCUACUUCAUCAAAGAGAAGUAUUUGGAUGCCUCUCCGGCGACAGGCGAUUUCGAGAGUAUGCUUUCUGUACUGCACUUUAAUAUGUCAAAUUGGCCCAAUCAUAAGUUCGAUAUUGAAGCGGAUAGCGCCAACUACACAUGCGUUUCGACAGGAAAUACCGUUGGACCUGGCAUCAAGAGUUCUACAUACUUCUCAAUUGAAUAUGCGCCGGAGAACUCAACCGUUUCCGAUGACAGGGUUUAUGUGCAGGAAGGGACGAUACCCGGACGUGUCAUUUGCAAUGCCAGAGCUAACCCCA